CGCGCUUUACGGCCCGCCGUGUUUUGCGACGCCCAAGAUGGCCGCCCCCAGGGCACAAUGAGCCCGCUCCGGCCGCCGCCGCCGGGGGGGACGCGGGGCACGGGCAGAGUUGGCAGGAGCACGGCUGGGGCGCUCCUCCGGCAGCGGGACUCGUCAGCGACUUCUCGGCGUGCGGGGCCUUGCCGGCGCUCGUAGCGGAAGAGCGGAGCGUCCCCGGGGAGGCGGCAUGUGGGGCGCCCUGCUGCGGCGCGGGGUCCGCGGCACCGGCGGGCUCCGGUGCCAGUCCUCGGGCGGCCCGCCCUGGAGCCAGGUGGUGUCGGAAGCCGAGAAGAUCGUGGGGUACCCGACGUCCUUCAUGAGCCUGCGGUGCCUGCUGAGCGACGAGCUCAGCAACAUCGCCAUGCAGGUCCGCAAGCUGGUGGGCACCAAGCACCCGCUGCUCGACACCGCCCGGGGUUUUGUGUAUGACAGCCGAAACAAUUUACAGAUGCGAGGUUUGGUCAUACUGCUUAUCUCCAAAGCUGCUGGACCCAGCACAACAGAACUCUCUUUYCAGCAUGACAUGGUCAGUGGAAUUUAUUCCAGUCAAAGAAGUCUGGCUGAGAUUACAGARCUGAUCCAUACUGCCUUCCUGGUGCAUCGUGGCAUAGUGAACAUYGGUGAGCUCAAGUCCUGCGAUGGCCCACUGAAGGAUAUGCAGUUUGGGAAUAAAAUGGCUGUUUUGAGUGGAGAUUUUCUUCUAGCAAAUGCUUGCACAAGCCUUGCGCAGUUGCAGAAUACCAAGGUUGUGGAACUCAUUUCAAGUGCUAUUGGUGACUUAGUUCAAGGUAUAUAUUAUGAAAACUCAAAAUCAUCUGAGGAGAACUGUCUCACAGAUGAUAUUGGCAUAUCGAGGUGGAAGGAGCAAGUUUUCCUGUCMCACAGUGCCUUGCUGGCAAAGAGCUGCCAGGCUGCAAUGGAGCUAGCAAAGCACAGCGCUGAGAUCCAGGACAUGGCAUUCCAGUAUGGGAAGCAUAUGUCUAUGAGUCAUAAGCUACAUUCAGACCUGCAGCCCUUUGUUAAAGAAAGUUCUAGCGACACCAUGGCCUUCAGUUUGAAUUCUGCUCCUGCAAUCCUUCAUCAGGAAUUCCUUGGAAGGGAAGCAUGGCUUAAACAGAUUAGAGAGGCACAAGGAAAAGGAAAUAUUAUGGACUAUAAGAAGCUGCWGGAAGCGAUCAAGGCUGGCAAAGGUGUGACUUCUGCCAUCGACCUCUGCCGCUGCCACGGAAACAGAGCGCUGACAGCCCUGGAGCGUUUCCCUCCCUCGGAGGCCAGGGACGCCUUGGCCAACAUCGUCUACGCCAUGAGCAGGUUUCCCUGAGCUGCUGCUCCAGGAGGAGCAUCUCUCCCUCCACAGGUGGAAGCGACCCGGCGGGGACACCGAUGCUGCCUCACACCUCUGAUCACCUCAUCCCAUCCCGGCAGAGGAACGCGCGCUCGCUGCCGCCGCCACCAGCAAAAUUGGGGAGAGGAAAGAAGAAAGGUCACAGACGGUUUUCGCUUGUCGUGCCAGAAGCRCACUUGAGGCUGCACCGGUAGAAAUAAUUAAUGAGUCCCGUUUCCGUGACCUCAGCAAAUGGACAGGAAAUAAGUCGGUAUUGAUUGGGCACCAGCGGGGACGGCGCCAGGGCGGAGGCCGGUGGUUUUCCUGCCAGAGGGAGGGAUAGAAGGAGGGAGGGAUGGAAGGGCGUGAAGAUCCAGGUGUCACGAGAAACCCACUCAAACCUGCCCAGAGAGAGUGAGCUGCCGAAGCUGGGAAUUAACAUACCCUUAUCCAAGGGGAAGGGCACUUCGGGGGAUUAAUGGGGGAAAAUCCCUCUCUGCACGCAGUCAUGUCUCCUCACACUGUUUUUAUGUUUUCAAAUGUAAAAUUACCCUGUGCCUAAUGAGUUCUGUAUUUGAGAAACUUGCUGAGAAAAUGUGUCAAGCAUGGUAAGUAGGAGCUUUAAAAUAUUUAAUCAAAUAUUAAUCUGGCUCUGUUAAGGGAACUGAGUGCCUGGAGUUUAUACUGUGCCUAUGUAAAAUGUUCUCUGGGUCAAAGAAUGAGAUUUUUCCAACUCUUCUGGGGGAGAGAAUAUCCCUCCCUCAUAUCCAGCAGCUUGUUUCAACAGAGUCUUGCACAAAAUAAUUUCCUAUGUUUGUGACACUUGUGUUAAUUUAAGCCAAAUAAAUGUUAAUUUGUAAGGGUAGA